AUUCAUAUAACUCUUACAUAAAACCAUGAAGUCUCCGAUCCCCGACUAUCUGCGACAGGUGUUGGAAAAGGCUCGCCCGGAUACUUCCGGAAAGCUUGCCAGCUAUAUCGAUGUGCUGGCUAAAGCGGACCCCUCCAAGAUGGCCGUGGCGCUGUCGACCGUAGACGGGAAUCUAUACUCGGUCGGGGAUGACCAGGUUGAGUUCUCCAUCCAGUCUAUUUCCAAGGCCUUCGUUUAUGCCCUGGCCAUUAAUGAUGCCGGGCUACCACGGGUCUUGGAGAAAAUCGGCGUGGAACCAUCGGGCGACGCAUUCAACAAGCUAUCGUUGCAACCCGGCACCCACCGGCCAAUGAACCCCAUGAUCAAUGCCGGUGCGAUCACCGCCCACACACUGGUGGCAGGGGAGAAUGCCACGGUGGAACAAAGAGUUGAUCGCAUAUUGAAGGCAGUGUCCAAAGUGGCAGGUCGGAAGUUGCAAGUGGAUGAAGAAGUCUACGAGGCCGAGCUCAAGGACGCCAAUCGAAACAUGGGCAUCGGUUACAUGCUCAAGGCAGCAGGGAUCAUCUCGUGUGAUCCACAGGAGGCGGUCCGCGGUUAUAUCCGCCAAUGCGCCAUCAAAGCCAAUGUCCGCGACCUGGCAGUGAUGGCAGCAACUCUAGGGAAUGCGGGUGUGCAUCCCAUAACUGGAGAACAGAUCAUGCCCCACCAAAGCGCCCGCCAGGUCCUGUCGGUCAUGACUACCUGUGGCAUGUACGAUUCCUCUGGUGACUGGGUGUCUCGGGUUGGCAUGCCCGCAAAAAGCGGCGUGGCUGGCGGAAUCAUCGGCACCCUUCCCGGCCAAGUGGGCAUUGCUGUCUUCUCGCCAAAGCUAGACGAGCGUGGCAAUAGUGUCCGAGGUGUCAAGAUGUUUGAGCAGCUCUCAUCCGAAAUGGGCCUCCAUAUGAUGGACAGCAGCCAGGUGGGUAGAGCCACCGUGCGCACAUGGACGAUGACUAUUGCCGGCGGCGCAGAUCAACCACACGAGUGCGAACAGGAGGUGCCUGUCUUUGGUCUGCGAGGCGCAGUCCGGUUCGCGGGUUCCGAACGACUUACCCGUGCGAUUGUGCGCGAGAUCAGCCCUCCAAACCCUGACGACCCCGGGUCCGGGCGACACACAAACGCUUGUGCCGUCAUCUUCAUGCUCAGAGACACUUAUUCCCUCAAUUACGUCGCGCUGCGAAUUAUUAGUGAGGACAUCCGCCGGCUUCUUGAGGCAGGUAAAAAUGUGGUGGUGAUAGACCCUGCCAAGGUCCUUACGAUUGACGGGAAUCCUGCGUUUAAAGACAAAUCACCCCGUGUGGUCAACGACGAAGCUGAGGCGCGUCAUUAUAUCGGUGGUCAAGGCUGCAGGGCCGUUUCCCAUAGUGAUGAGCUUUAUUGAAGACUGGACACUACCACAUGUAAGGGAGAGAGUUCGGCGUGCAUUUGAUUAUAUAGUAACGGCUUGAUAACAUCGAUAUAUCCUGGCUGCGUAAAA